CCGCGUUCUUGCCGUGCGCGCUCCCGCUGACUCGCGGAGUUGCUGCUGGACAAAAAGGAGUGUUAAAGAGAGAGAGAGAGAGAGAGAGAGAGGGAUAGAGAGAGAGAGAGAGGGAUAGAGAGAGAGAGGGAUAGAGGGAUAAUGGCGGAGAGCUGCUGGAGCUGAACAGCAGGAUGAAGUGUUUAUUCUCGGAUCUGCUGCUUUUCUGCUCCGUGACUCUGUGUGUCGGUUCUCCCCUGCUGCUCUUUGCUAAUCGGCGUGAUGUGCGCCUGGUGGACGCUGAGUCAGUGCGUGCUGACUCGGCCGUGUUGGUCAGUGACCUGGAGGACGCGGCCGCUGUUGACUUCCUGUUCUCUGAGAGUCUCGUGUUCUGGACUGACGUCAGUGAAGAGGCCAUCAAACAGACGUUCUACAACCAGAGCAGCAACGCGGUGAAAGAAGCAGUACUGGGUUCGGGUCAGAAGGUGGUGGUUUCGGGUCUGGACUCUCCCGAUGGUCUGGCAUGCGAUUGGCUUGGAAGGAAACUCUACUGGACCGACUCUGAAACGAACCGCAUCGAGGUGGCGAACCUGGAUGGAACGUCACGGAAAGUUCUGUUCUGGCAGGAUCUGGAUCAGCCUCGGGCCAUCGCACUCAAUCCUGCACAGAGGUACAUGUACUGGACGGAUUGGGGUGAGGAGCCGAGGAUCGAGCGCUCAGGGAUGGACGGCAGCAGCAGGAUGGUGAUUAUACAGGAGGAUAUUUAUUGGCCCAACGGACUGACCAUCGAUCUGGAUGAGCAGAAGCUGUACUGGGCCGACGCCAAACUCAGCUUCAUCCACAAAGCCAACCUGGAUGGCACUGCACGAGAGACGGUGGUGGAAGGGACGCUCACACACCCGUUUGCCCUCACACUCUUUGACGAGACGCUGUACUGGACGGACUGGCAAACUCGCUCAAUUCACGCCUGCAACAAACACACGGGUAACAACCGGAGAGAAAUCCUCAACGGCAUCUACUCACCCAUGGACAUCCAGGUGCUGGGACAGAAGAGACAGCCUUACAUCCACACGCCCUGCAGCGACAGAAAUGGAGGAUGUUCUCACCUGUGUCUGCUCUCGCCCUCACCACCGUACUACAGCUGCUCCUGUCCCACUGGCGUCAAACUGCGCGAGGAUGGCAAAACCUGCAGACCAGGCACUAACGGCUGUACCGAGUCCAAUGGUGGCUGCAGUCACUUGUGUUUCAAUGGGCCGCGUGGUAUCACGUGCGCGUGUCCGAUGGGUCUGGAGCUCCUCAGUGAUCUGCGCACGUGUGUCAUUCCUGAAGCGUUCCUGCUCUUCACUAACCGCGCAGACAUCCGCAGCAUCUCAUUGGGAACCAACAGCAACGAUGUCGCCAUCCCACUCAGCGGCAUUAAAGAGGCCUCGGCACUCGACUUCGACGUCGCAGAGAACCGAAUCUUCUGGACUGACGUUAGCACCAAGACGAUUAGCCGUGCGUUUAUGAAUGGCAGCGGUGUGGAGGCAGUGAUCGAGUUUGGUCUGGAUUAUCCCGAGGGAAUGGCAGUGGACUGGAUGGGCAGGAACAUCUACUGGGCCGACACCGGAACCAACCGGAUCGAGGUGGCCCGUCUGGAUGGUCAGUACCGCCAGGUUCUGGUGUGCAAAGACCUGGAUAACCCUCGUUCGCUAGCGCUGGAUCCGGCUAAUGGGUAUAUGUACUGGACAGAGUGGGGGGGUCGGCCCCGGAUCGCCUGCGCUCACAUGGACGGUACCAACAUCAUCACUCUGGUGGAUAAAGUGGGCCGAGCCAAUGGUCUGACCAUCGACUACGUGGAUCAGAGACUGUACUGGACCGACCUGGACACGUGUAUGAUCGAGUCCACCAACAUGCAGGGUCUGCAGCGUGAGAUUGUGGCUGAUGAUCUGCCACACCCGUUCGGUCUCACGCAGUACCGGGACUUUAUCUACUGGACGGAUUGGAACCUGCGCAGUAUCGAGCGAGCAGAUAAGCGGAGCGGUCAGAACCGGACUGUGGUGCAGGGACAGCUGGAGUACGUGAUGGACAUCCUGGUAUUCCACUCGUCACGACAGGACGGAUCCAACCAGUGCUCACACAACAACGGCAACUGUGCUCACCUGUGCCUGGCCACGCCCUCAGGGGCACAGUGUCGCUGCGCCUCGCACUACACACUGCAGCCCAACGGACACAACUGCAGCUCUCCCUCCAGUUUCCUGUUGUUCAGUCAGAAGAGUUCUAUCAGUCGGAUGGUUCUGGGUGAGCAGAGCCCGGAUAUGAUUUUGCCUAUCCAUGUGUUGAGGAAUCUGCGAGCGAUCAGCUUUGACCCGCUGAAGCGCUUCAUCUACUGGAUCGAUGGGAAGCAGAGCAUCCGCAAGGCCCGGGACGACGGCUCUCAGGCGGCGACAGUGGUGUCCCCGAGCCCCACACAGCCUCUCAAACAGCCACACGAUCUGAGUGUGGACCCGUUCAGCCGCACGGUAUACUGGACCUGCGAGAACACCAACACCAUCAACGUGCAGCGCAUGGACGGGCAGAUCGUCGGGGAAGUGGUGCGAGACGAUGUGGACAAACCCAGAGCCAUCGUCGUCAAUGCCGAGAAAGGCUACAUGUAUUUCACCACACUGCAGGAUCGCUCGGCGAAGAUCGAGGGCGCGUCUUUAGACGGGACGGAACGCGAGUCUCUGUUCACGACUGGAUUGAUCCGGCCCGUGGCACUCGCUCUGGAUAACAAACUGGGCAAGCUGUUCUGGGUGGAUGCCGACCUGAAACGCAUCGAGAGCAGCGAUCUGUCCGGAGCCAAUCGGAUUGUACUCCAGGACUCCAACAUCCUGCAGCCGAUCGGUCUGACCGUCCUCGGAGAUCACCUGUACUGGAUCGAUAAGCAGCAGCAGAUGAUCGAGCGCGUGGACAAACGCAGCGGGGACAGGAGGACACGGAUUCAGGGACGGAUUCAGUCUCUGACUGGAAUUCAUGCUGUGGAGUUCAUGGAGACGGACGAGUUCUCAGCCCAUCCUUGUUCCCGUGACAACGGAGGAUGCUCACACAUCUGCAUUGCCAAAGGAGACGGGACACCGCGAUGCUCGUGUCCCAUACACCUGGUGCUGCUGCAGAACCUGUUGAGCUGCGGAGACCCGCCCACAUGCUCGGCGGAUCAUUUCACGUGUGCGACGGGUGAGAUCGACUGCAUCCCGAUGGCAUGGCGGUGUGACGGCAUUGCUGAGUGCGCGGACCACAGCGAUGAGAUGAACUGCCCCGUGUGCUCGGAGCAGCAGUUUCAGUGUCACGGUGGACAGUGUCUCGACAGUAAACUGCGCUGCAAUGGAGAACAGGACUGCACCGACGGAUCCGACGAACUUGACUGCCACAGCAUCUGCAUGCCCAAUCAGUUCCGCUGUAAAAAUAAUAAAUGCAUUUCAAAGAAGCAGCAGUGCGACUCCUACCCCGACUGCACAGACGAUUCAGAUGAGCUUUUCUGCGAUUUCUCACCGUCCAGUGGUGACGAGCGUCACACCAACACCAUCGGGCCAGUGAUUGGGAUCAUCCUGUCGGUGUUCGUGCUGGGUGGGAUGUGCUUUGUGUGUCAGCGUGUUGUGUGUCGCCGCUACAAAGGGCCGAGUGGGGGAUUCCCUCAUGAUUACAUCACCGGGACCGCCCACGUCCCUCUGAACUUCAUCAGCACCAGUAACACACAACACGCUAACUGUACAGGAAUAUCAUGUGGGAAGUCUAUCGUGAGCUCAGUCAGUCUGAUGGGCAGCAGCAGCAGUGGAGCUCCUCUGUAUGACAGGAACCAUGUAACUGGAGCUUCAUCCAGCAGUUCAUCCAGCACCAAAGCUGCAUUUUACCCUCAGAUUCUGAAUCCUCCUCCGUCACCAGCCACAGAUCGUUCACUCUACAACACUGAAGUGUUUUAUUCGUCCAACAGCCCGUCCACAACCAGGUCUUACAGGCCGUAUGUGAUGCGUGGCGGGGCUCCACCCACCACGCCCUGCAGCACAGAUGUGUGUGACAGCGACUACACGCCGAGCCGCUGGAAGAGCAAUAAGUACUAUAUGGAGGUGAACUGGGACUCGGAGCCGUGCCCGCCCCCGCCCACCCCACGCAGCCACUACAUGUCUGCCGAGGAGAGCUGUCCUCCAUCGCCCUCCACCGAGCGCAGCUACUUCCACCUGUGUCCACCUCCACCCUCACCCUGCACCGACUCGUCCUGACCACACACACACACACACACACACACACACACAAAGCCAUGUGGGCGUGUUUAUUUUUCCUCGCUUAGUCCUCCAGCGUCCACAGAUGUUUCUUGAUGAAAAGAAAUAAACCAAAAACACACUAUUUUUACAGUGGUGAUAUUGUACAUAUGUAUAAUAAAGUAAAUAAUAAUAAUAAUAAUAAUAAUAAUAAUGAUGUUGUCAUCAUCGUCAUGGUGACGUGUCCUGUCAGUUGUUCUCUAUGUGAAUUUUUAUGAAUUACGAAGCGUAUGUUUGGCUAGUUCUGUUUACCAAAAGUGUGUUUGCUGCUAUUGUACAUAAUCCUUUAAUCCGAAUAAUGAUGAAAACGGCCGCUAAAGUCACGCCUCUACAUGUAUCUGUGUGUGUGUGUGUGUGUGUGUGUGUAUAUAUACAUACACACAUAUCCAUACAUACAGUAUAUAUAUAAAUAAAUAAAUAUGAAUAUGAAUCUGACCGUAGCUUGCUCGUGAAAUCGUACUGAUAGUGCUAAUGAUUUAAUCGUAAUGUUAUUGAUCUUAGCGAUGUCUCAGCUUCAGCCGUGUCCGAGAUCACAUCCGAAUAUCAAACACAGCUCAUGUGAAAGAGGAGAAAAGUCAGGACUAAACGUCUGAGUGCCCGACCGAGAGCUGAUUAUUUCAUCAAAUAUAAACACGUCCAGCUGUUUUCAGGAAAGAAUAACACACGCCGUGCCAUGCUGUAGCAGGAAAAUAAUCAACACCAGGGUGGUGUGAUGGGGCGGAUUAACUGUGAGCAACCCCCCUUUCCAGUAACUGCACAUCCGAGAGUGUUUUAUUCCUCUGAUACCACAGCAGUGUCCCAACAAUUACAACGUUGUUUUCAGGUCAUAAUUUUUAUCCGUUUAGAGUUACAUUUAAUGUUCUCUGAAAUGACUUAGUUCCUGUUGUCUCUUAGGUUAUAGCAGCUAUAAACAGUCAUUCUCUCACCUGCCUCCCUCUUUUUAUUCUCUCUCUUCUAGUUAAUGAGACAAAAAACAAAUCAAGGCUUUUCAUGUUACAAAAGAAGCCAUCGAUCAACUCAUAGCCACGCCCUGAGAAAUAUUUGUUGAAUAAUGUGUGGAUUAAAGCGUGAAGGGAUCUGUUCAGACUGAUAGAAAUGAGUUAGACGUGUAAACUGGAUUUCUUUUCCAAAUAUGGAGGUAAAUUAAAUAAAUAAACACAGGACAGGAAGCUGUGACCAUAUAAGGAAAGUGAAGGGUAAACACGAAUACCUGUUUUGCUCUCAGCCGAUCAGAAGACACUGCUUCGGAUUGACUUUAUGAUUUGAGUUUCGAGUUCAGUGAUGAAAUAAAAGCAGCUCCUGGUCACGUGCUCAGACAUCUUGCACGACUGGUUCGAUAAAGUCUCCGCCCACCAGCUCUGGACUUGAUAAGUUUAGUUUUAGUUUCAUUUUAUAAGUUUCACUUUUCUCUUGCCUUUGAAAUGAACUCAUGGUUUAUUUUACAUCUUUUCCCUCAUCAGUGUCCCUGAGUUUGAUAACAGAACAUUGUCUGGAUUUUUACAUUUUUUAAGCGAAGCACUUCGAUUAAAAGUUUAAAUUCCAACUGACUGAUGACGUCCCAAAACCAGCCAAUCAGCGGCUCUACUUUGAACUUUGCCCCCCCCCGUAGGUCUCCUUCUCUCUCUUUCUCUCUGCACAUCACUACUUUAUACUCCUCCAUUCUCUUUUCUUUCUCCUCCUGUUUUUUCUCUUUUCCUUAUUUCUCUCUUCUAUUGCUUCCAUUUUUGUAUUUCUGUUUUUCUUACAUCAUCCAUAUCUCUCUCUCACACACAUAUUCCUUCUUUCCUUCCUUCUCUCUCUCUCACAUAUAUUCCUUCCUUCUUUCCUUUUCUCUCUCCUUCCUUCCUUCCUUCCUUCUUUCCUUUUCUCUCUCCUUCCUUCCUUCCUUCCUUCCUUCCUUCCUUCUAUCUCUCUCUCUCAUUCCUUCCUUCUCUCUCUCACACACACACAUUCCUUCUUUCCUUCCUUCUCUCUCUCUCAUUCCUUCCUUCUCUCUCUCUAUCUCUAUUCCUUCCUUCUUUCCUUUUCUCUCUCAUUCCUUCCUUCCUUCCUUCUCUCUCUGUGUCUCUCUCUCUCCUUCCUUCCUUCCUUCCUUCUCUCUCUGUGUCUCUCUCUCUCUCUCCUUCCUUCCUUCCUUCCUUCCUUCCUUCUCUCUCUCUCUCUCUCUCUCUCUCUCUCUCUCUCUCUCUCCAGUCCAGGUGUAAACCGUAUUUUCUGUUUGUGAUUCGGAUGAAUUUAUCUCUGAUAUGAACCCGAAGCUGAAAACAGCACUGCCUCAUUAACUCGUUAAUUAAUUAAUUAACUCAUUAGCGUCUCAUCCAGGUUGUCUUUAAGCCCUGGAUGUGACUGAAUCACGUCUUCUCGAACAUGUAAUGCCUCUUUUUUGUCUGUUUCAUUGUUCUGUGAUUGUUUUUACUGUGUUAAAUGUCGUGUUUGGUCAGUGUGUUUGUGCAGCUUCCACACUGACACUGAGCUUCAGAUCAGCGUUUUAAUGUACAGAUGCCUCAUGUAAUGCACAUUUGUGAUGAUGAUUUUUUCUAUCAAAUACAUUUUUAUAUAUAAUAAAGGUUCUAUUUUACAGAG